AUGAAUCUUUCCUCCAACGAUCAACUAGUCCAAGGCCAUGGCAAAGCCAAGGGUUGGUCGACUGAUCUGUGCGAAUGUUGGAUGGACAUAAACUCAUGUUGCUUGACUUGUUGGUGUCCAUGUGUCGCCUUUGGACGCAUCGCAGAGAUUGUAGACAGAGGAUCAACAUCUUGUGGUAUGAGCGGAGCCAUGUACAUGGUCAUAAUGAUGCUAACUGGUUUCGCAGGGAGCAGUCUCUACUCUUGCUUUUACCGAACCAAACUCAGAGCACAACACAAUCUCAAGGAGAGGCCUUGUUGUGAUUGUUGUGUCCACUUUUGUUGCGAGCCAUGUGCUCUUUGUCAAGAGUAUAGGCAACUUCAACAAAAUGGUGCUUUCGACUUGUCCAUUGGUUGGCAUGGGAAUAUGGAAAAACAGGCACGAGCCGCUGCGUCUGCGGUUCCUCCAUCGCUUCAACCGCCAAUGUCUAGAUUAAUGAAUUAG